UAAUCGACGGCGACUCCAGUGUUCCAUUUAAUCGAGGAGAGCGGGCUGCAGUCGAGCUCUUCCGUCAAUGUACUGACAUGGAUAAAUUGAAGACGAUUGGUUUAAACACUUGGCUUCGGUUUGUUGAGGAAAUAGGUGGUUGGAUGAGAGAGCUGGUGCAAGAUGUUGACAGUAUACCGAUCGAGUUGUCAGUACUACAAGCCUUCAACUAUUCAGUUUUUCCUCUAUUCUGGGCAGGAGUCGAAGUGAACUAUUUCGAUUCGAAAACCCAUCUUAUCACUAUUUAUGAACAGCUUCCGUUGUUGCUCAAUCCAAGCGUCUAUCAAUUUGAUAUACCGGUUACAGCAGAAAUGAUACUCAACAAGGAAGGUCCUCAGGCGACAUCCUUACUACAAGAGACUGGCGAAGAAAUGGCUACGCUACUUGAUUUUGAUCGAAGCGAUCCAGCUGUACGAAUGAUGAUCGCCAGAAUGAUUGAAUUAGAAUGGAGGAUCACCGUUAGUGGCAGUAGAUUUUACAAACACAAAAAGGAGCGCUAUGAAGUAAUCUCCUUGGCUGAAUUACAGACCAUAGUUCCAGCCCUGAAUUGGCGAUUAUUCCUUUCGUCACUGACCGGAGAACAACUCUUUGCAAAUGAAAGAAUUGCUUUAAAAACCGGUCGAGAAUGGCUGAUCAAACUAUCGCAGAUUCUUUUGGAAUAUCUGGAGACCAGUGAAGGACAAGCUGUUGUGAGGAACUACAUCAAAUGGAAGACGUUAUUCUUCCAUUUAGCCUAUGUGAAACCAAACUGCCAAGAAGGUUACCUCUGGAGCGUUAUCGAGAUUUACUCUGGUCCUCCACAUCUUCGUAAGGAGUUCUGCAUCAUGCGAGCCUCGGGAAUUUUCCCAUUGUCGUUGCCGUCAGUCCUUCGGAAGAUCGAUGGCGAGCAAAGAUCGAGAGACAAUAAAGCUCUUGUAAAGAAGAUCUCAAGCAAUAUUAUAGAGGAGUAUCGUAAUCUGCUCCAAGCCAGUCCCAUUUUGGAUAAUGUGACCGCUCCAGUAGCACUGCAAAAGCUGUCUAACACAUCUGUCCUUGUCAGCUAUCCAGAUAAGAUGGACAACGAAAUGGCGAUGGAGGACGAAAGUGAGCGGAUAUCCACCGAGUUGUUUUGGUCAAUGGUCUUCGGUGCUAGUGCAGUUUACAGAGAAAAGAUUAAAAGAUUACGGAAGCCUGUGAAUCCAAGAGAUUGGGUAGAUUCAAAACCGGCUCUAUCAUCCACACCAAUUCAUAAUUAUGAACGGAAUUUAGUCCAGAUACCGUUCGACGUAGCACGUUCACCAAUAGCCGAUGUGGACACCGUAGAUGUGCUUAGCUACGCAUCGGUCGGAUCCAUCAUCGGACAUGAGAUCACACAUGCAUUUGAUGAUCAAGGCAAGCUGCAUGGCCCAACCGGAAAUCUCGGUCGUAAUUGGUGGUCAUCUGAGUCACGAAGGCGUUUCAGCGAACGUGAACAAUGCUACAUCGACCAAUACGUCCGUCUGACGGGUUCCGAUGACGACACGGAGGCUCGUAACUCACUGUACGAAAACAUCGCUGACAAUGUCGGAUUGCAAGUAGCGUUCAAGGUAUCCCGCUUGGCCUGGCAAGCUCAUGGUGAAGACUCAUUUCGAAAGUUAGCCGGCUUGAAUUUGGACGCUGAACAGGUGUUCUUCCUCGGUUAUGCUCAGAGUUGGUGCGCUUUGAAAAGCAAACAACAACGAGGGGUUCAUAUGGUCGAAAAAACGAGAGUGAUGGGAGCGUUACAGAAUUCGGACGACUUCUCAAAUGCUUUCUCAUGUCCUGUGGGAUCGCCGAUGAAUCCUAAACAGAAGUGCACCCUAUGGUGA